AGAGUACCCAUUUCAAGAGUCUGCUUUGCAAAGGUAAGAUCUUUAUCAAUCUCAAUCGGUAUGGUAUGGCUUUGAACUGCUUCAAAACGGCUCUUCUUGAUUCUCAGGCCAGUGUAAACUCUGAAACCCUUAAUGGGUAUUUAGAAAAGUGUAAGAAAUUGGAGUUUCUGUCAAGAACAGGGGCUUUUGAUCUCUCAGAUUGGGUUGUGAAUGGGUUUCGGGGAAAUCACUGGAACUCUCCGAGUACAUUGGCCCAGUUAAUAUUAAGAAAUCUCAGAUUAGUGGGCGUGGCCUGUUUGCUACAAAGAACAUUGACAGUGGGACUUUGUUGUUGGUCACCAAAGCAAUUGCCAUUGAAAGGGGUAUAUUGCCCCAAUCUGAAAAUGAAAAUUCAAGCCAAAAUUCCCAACUAGUUAUGUGGAAGAAUUUCAUUGAGAAGGUUCUUCAAUCAGCCUCGAAAUGCCACCAAAUCCAUCGUUCAAUAUCUAUGUUAUCGCCCGGCGAAGAUGAGGAUGGCCUUCAGGUCCCUGAUAUGAGUCUGUUCAGCCCUGAAUCAGAUGAAAUUAGCUUUUCAAAUGAGAGUCUUGAUAUGAGCAAAAUGCUAAGUAUUUUGGAUGCUAAUUCUCUAGUUGAAGAUUCAAAUUCAGCUAAAGUUUUGGGUAAAAACAGAGGUUAUUAUGGUGUUGGCCUAUGGGUACUCGCUUCCUUCAUCAACCAUUCUUGUGAUCCAAAUGCCAGGAGGUUGCACAUUGGUGAUCAUGUUCUAGUUCAUGCAUCUAGGGAUAUUAAGGCAGGUGAAGAGAUCACAUUUCCAUAUUUUGAUGUGCUUUUGCAAUUGAGCAAUCGAAAAGAAAUGGCAACAAAUUGGGGGUUUAGAUGCAACUGUAAAAGGUGCAAUUUUGAGGAGAACAUGUGUUCAAAACAAGAGAUGAGAGAGAUUGAAGUGGGCUCCGAAAGAGGAUUUGACGUGGGUGGUGUAGUUUAUAGGUUGGAGGAAGGUAUGAGGAGAUGGAUGGUGAGGGGAAAGGGAAAAGGCUACUUGAGAGCAUCGUUUUGGGCACCAUAUUCGAAAAUUUUUGAGUCACAGAAUCUAAUGAAGAGGUGGGGCAGGCGGAUUCCGGCGAUGGAGGCGGUGGUGGAGAGUGUCGUGGAUGCAGUAGGGAGUGACGAGAGGGUUUUAAAGGUGUUGAUGGAAGGCUUAAAAAGAAGUGGUGGUGGUGGGGUGGGGGAUAUGGAGAGAGCAAUGAAGUUGGGAAGAGGGGUGUAUGGGAAGGUAAUGAAAAAACAGGCAUUGAGGACUCUGCUUGAGCAGUGUAAUCAAGAGCAAAGCUAAAGCUCUAUUGCCUUGUAGCUUUUUGUAGUUCUUUGAUUUUAGUUUUCAGUUUCCAGCAGAAGUGGUGGUGGUGGUGGUGGAAAUGGAGAGAGAGACAGAAAGAGCAUGAGGACUCUGCUUGAGCACUGAGGAUAUUCAAGAGCAAAGCUAAAGCUAUUAGCUUAUAGCUUCUUGUAGUUCUUAGAUUUUAAAUUUCACUUUUAAGUGUCCGAGUUUAAGAGUUAGCCACGGCUUGUUUAGGAAUUCUUUAUCACUCAUGCUAGACAUUUUCAUUCUCGAAUAAAGCAUAUAUGUCGUUG